AUGGGGUCUGUCCUCGGAGCCCUCCUCCAAGCACUACUUCUGUUAUCUACUCAAAAUUGGAGCAGCAUCGAAGCUGGGGAUUCCUAUGCCUGUGAUGACCCGCUCGUGGCUGCCCUGCCCCAGGCCGCAUUCAGCAGCUCCUCCGAGCUCUCCAGCAGCCAUGGCCCUGGCUUUGCAAGGCUGAAUCGAAGAGAUGGAGCCGGCGGCUGGUCUCCACUUGUGUCGAACAAAUACCAGUGGUUGCAGAUUGACCUUGGAGAGAGAAUGGAGAUCACCUCUGUGGCCACCCAAGGGGGUUACGGCAGCUCCAACUGGGUGACCAGUUACCUCCUGAUGUUCAGCGACAGUGGCAGGAACUGGAAACAGUAUCGGCAAGAGGACAGCAUCUGGGGCUUCUCAGGAAAUGCAAAUGCAGACAGCGUGGUGUAUGCCAGGCUCCAGCCUUCUAUCAAAGCCAGGGUUCUGCGCUUCAUCCCUGUAGAAUGGAACCCCAAGGGCAGAAUUGGAAUGCGGAUCGAGGUGUUCGGAUGUGCAUAUAGAUCAGAGGUGGUUGAUCUGGAUGGGAAAAGUUCCCUUCUCUACCGAUUUGAUCAAAAAUCCCUGAGUCCCAUGAAAGAUAUUAUUUCUUUGAAAUUUAAAACCAUGCAGAGUGAUGGGAUUCUGCUCCACAGGGAAGGGCCGAAUGGAGAUCACCUCACACUGGAAUUGAGAGGAGGAAAGCUCUUUUUCCUUAUUAAUUCAGGUGAAGCGAGACUGCCCUCUGCUCACAGCCCGAUCAGUCUCACCCUGGGCAGCCUGCUAGACGAUCAGCACUGGCAUUCUGUGCUCAUCCAGCGUGUGGGCAAGCAGGUCAACUUCACCGUGGAUGAACACAGGCACCGGUUCCACGCACAGGGAGAAUUCACUUACCUGGACCUUGAUUAUGAGAUCAGCUUUGGAGGGAUUCCAGCACCUGGAAAAUCAGUGUCAUUCCCACAAAAAAAUUUCCAUGGAUGUUUAGAAAAUCUUUACUAUAAUGGAGUGGAUAUCAUCAAUUUGGCCAAGCAGCAAAACCCACAGAUCCUCACCACGGGCAACGUGUCUUUUUCUUGUUCGCAACCUCAGUCUAUGCCUGUGACUUUUCUGAGCUCCAGGAGUUACUUAGCCCUGCCAGGCUCGUCCAGAGAGGAUGAGGUCUCUGUUACUUUUCAGUUUCGAACCUGGAAUAAGGCAGGGCUUCUGCUCUUCAUCGAACUUGAGCUGGUUUCCGGGGGCCUCCUCCUCGUUCUCAGUGAUGGGACACUGAAGCUGGAGCUCCAGCAGCCCGGAAAAUCACCCAGUGACAUCGCAGCAGGUGCUGGAUUAAAUGAUGGGCAGUGGCAUGCCAUCUCCUUAUCUGCUAAGAGGAAUCACUUGAGCGUGGCAGUGGAUGGCCACGUAGCCUCUGCUGCUCUUUGGCUGGGGCCUGAGCAGGUUUGUUCAGGUGGCGUCUACUAUUUUGGAGGUUGCCCUGACGCAAGCUUUGGAUCCAAAUGUAAAAGCCCAUCUGGGGGGUUCCAGGGGUGCAUGCGGCUCAUUGCUGUGGGUGGCAAGGUGGCGGAUCUGAUCGCAGUGCAGCAGGGGUCCCUCGGGAACUUCAGUGACCUUCUGAUAGACUCCUGCGGCAUCUCAGACAGGUGUUUGCCCAACUAUUGUGAACAUGGUGGUGAGUGCUCUCAGUCCUGGAACACCUUCCACUGUAACUGUACAGGCACGGCGUACAGAGGAGCCACUUGCCAUAACUCCAUCUAUGAGCAGUCCUGUGAAGCCUACAAGCACCGAGGAAAUACUUCGGGGUUUUACUACAUAGAUGCGGACGGAAGUGGUCCCCUGGGACCGUUCCUUCUCUAUUGCAAUAUGACUGAAACUGCCUGGACCGUCAUCCAGCACAAUGGUUCUGACUUAACGAGAGUCAGAAACGCUCAUCCAGAGAACCCACAUGCUGGGUUUUUCGGGUACGUGGCCAGCAUGGAGCAACUCCAGGCCACCAUUAGCCGUGCGGAGCACUGCGAGCAGGAGGUUACUUACUACUGCAGGAAGUCCCGGCUCUCCAACAAGCAAGGUGGAGUCCCUCUGAGCUGGUGGGUCGGUAGAACCAAUGAAACACACACGUACUGGGGAGGUUCUGCGCCUGAUGUUCACAAAUGCACCUGUGGUUUAGAGGGAACCUGCAUCGAUUCUCAGUAUCACUGCAAUUGUGACGCUGACCGCAACGAAUGGACCAAUGACACCGGAUUCCUUUCUUACAAAGAACACCUGCCCGUCACUAGGAUUGUGAUCACAGACACAAACCGGCCACAUUCAGAAGCUGCUUACAAGCUGGGACCUCUGCUCUGCCGGGGAGACAGGUCAUUUUGGAAUUCAGCUUCCUUCAACACGGAGGCCUCUUACCUUCAUUUUCCUACUUUCCAUGGAGAGCUGAGUGCGGACGUAUCCUUCUUUUUUAAGACAACAUCUUCAUCUGGGGUAUUUUUAGAGAACCUGGGGAUUACCGAUUUUAUUCGAAUAGAACUACGCUCUCCCACAGCCGUGACCUUUUCAUUUGAUGUGGGGAAUGGACCUUUCGAAAUCUCCGUGCAGUCGCCCACCCAGUUCAACGACAACCAGUGGCACCACGUGAGAGUUGAAAGGAACAUGAAAGAGGCUUCGAUCCAAGUGGAUCAGCUCUCGCCAAAGACCCAGCCGGCCCCGGCCGAUGGGCAUGUCCUCUUGCAGCUGAACAGCCAGCUUUUCGUGGGUGGGACCGCCACGCGGCAGAGAGGAUUCCUGGGCUGCAUCCGGUCCCUGCAGUUGAACGGGAUGGCGCUGGAUCUGGAAGAACGAGCGAUGGUGACUCCUGGCGUGCAGCCCGGCUGCCGAGGGCACUGCGGCAGCUACGGGAAGCUGUGCCGCAACGGUGGAAAGUGCAGGGAGAAACCCAGUGGGUUCUUCUGUGACUGCACUUUCUCGGCCUACACAGGGCCGUUCUGCUCCAAUGAGAUUUCUGCAUAUUUUGGGGCUGGCUCAUCCGUGAUUUACAAUUUUCAAGAAAAUUAUUCCUUAAGUAAAAACUCCAGCUCCCAUGCUGCAUCAUUUCAUGGUGAUAUGAAGCUGAGCAGAGAGACGAUCAAGUUCAGCUUCCGAACAACACGCGCUCCAAGCCUGCUGCUUUACAUGAGCUCCUUUUACAAAGAAUACCUUUCCAUUAUCAUUGCCAAAAAUGGAAGUUUACAGAUCAGGUACAAGUUAAAUAGAUAUCAAGAACCUGAUGUCAUCCAUUUUGAUUUUAAAAGCAUGGCUGAUGGGCAACUUCACCACAUACAGAUUGACAGAGAAGAAGGAGUGGUCUUCGUCGAGAUUGAUGAGGAUACAAGGAGACAAGUGCACCUGUCAUCAGGCACAGAAUUCAGUGCAGUGAAGUCUCUGGUACUGGGCAGGAUUUUAGAACACGGGGAGAUGGACCAGGAGACGGCCCUGGCUGGUGCCCAGGGCUUCACAGGCUGCCUCUCUGCAGUCCAGCUCAGUCACGUGGCCCCGCUCAAGGCUGCUCUGCACCCCAGCCACCCCGCGCCGGUCACUGUUACAGGACAUGUGAUUGAGUCCAGCUGUGUGGCCCAGGCUGGCACUGACGCCACAUCACGGGAAAGGACACACUCAUUGGCAGAUCACUCUGGAGCAAUAGAUGAAAGACAACCGUUAGCUCAUGCAAUCAAAAGUGACUCUGCAGUCAUUGGAGGUUUGAUUGCGGUUGUGAUCUUUAUCUUGCUCUGCAUCACUGCCAUUGCCAUUCGUAUUUAUCAGCAGAAAAGGUUAUACAAAAGAAAUGAGGCAAAAAGGUCAGAGAACGUAGACAGUGCCGAGGCUGUUUUGAAAAGCGAGCUUAAUAUACAAAAUACAGUCAAUGAAAACCAGAAAGAGUACUUCUUUUGA